UACAAUUUUUUUUUUUUUUUUUACAUGAGUUUAUCCUGAAAGGCAUAGACGUAGUCUCUAUAUUGGGCAGCUGCAUAACUUUAUGUAAAAAGCAAAUCUUUUUUAAAGAUAAAGCAGUGUGGUGAAAAAUGCUAUUGAUGUGUUAAUUGGUUGUAGUCUGUGAUAAAUAAACAAAUGUUUACAAACUUUGAACAAUUCACUGUUUCAUGAAAAUGUAAAUAUAGUAUUAAACUCUCCAUUGUUUAAACCUCAGGACACAGAUGCUUCCAUCCUAAAGAGCUAAAUGUGUCUAGAGUGAAAUCUCAUCUCACACACUACUGUACAUUAUCAAUCCCUAGCCCUAAUUCCAUCUAUUCUCUAUCCUCAAUUUCUAUAGAAUAAAACAAUUAAAAUAAAUUCGAUCAUUUCCUAACAUUAAAUGUUUGCAUUCACACAUUUGAGGAGUCAAAGAUUAAAUAGCCUUACCAGAAAAAGAGGAUUAAAGAGAACCAGUCAAGACGGCUGUGAUAAAAAUAUUAAUUUAAUGAGCAAUAAUCCAAAAUGUAAUCAGUGUAAAAAAAUAGUAAGAAGCAAUCAUAAAUAGAUCAAAGAAUAAUCUAAAUAAAAUCAAUGUUACGUCCAAAAUAAUGGCAAAAUAACCAUUUCCAAAGAAUCACAAAGUAGUUUAGCUAAAAAAAGGAAUGUUUCCCACCCCUGAUCUUUAAGCCUGAAGCAGCUACCUACGUUUCAUUUAUUUGUAAAUUGGGAGAUGUUACAUCUAACUUAGGUCUGUCUGCAUUAGUGUGAAAGCAUGUAAACACAGGAAGUUAACUUUUUAACCACUUUGUGGUUUUACUUCCUCCACACCUUCACUGACACUAUUUUCCCAUUUCAGCUGUUGAAGAACCGUUCUUCUGCAUCAGUUCUCAGGCUUCACCUGCUCUCUUUCUGCCAAAUUCCUCCAACCGAUAACUCUGUUUUAGGCCAUGGAUGACAUCGAGAUCUCAGAGGACAGAGACAAACUGAAGCGAGGCCUGGUGAAGGCACUGCAGUGUGUAUCCGCCAUCUCGUCCGCAGCUGCUGUGGUGAACCCCAUCUUCGGUGUGGUAGGCUCACUGAUUCGCGUCAUCCUCCACCAUGUGGAUGACGAGGAGAUUCAGACCCUUCGACGUGAGUUUGUCAGCGUGAACCGAUCAUUGGAUGAGAUUUCGAGGCAAAACCAGAGCACGUUGCUCCAGAUCAAGAAGGAGACACUGGACGGGCAAUACAACCAAGUAGAGAACAACCUACGCAACCAGUUCCGUAAGUUUAUGGAGGUGGUGAAGGCACGACCCGAGCAUGUGGAGAGCAAGCGCAACGAUUUUGAGGAAAGCUUUGCCAACGACUUGGGCGACCAGAACCUGCACACACUCUACGAUGGUGUAAUGGGCAAGCCCAAGCUGUUCAGCCAGCCCAUCCUCGACGUCUACAUGACUUACUCUAAAGGAGAGAAGAGAGUGAUGGAACGCCUGUGCACACACAUCACCUACCUGUUCUGCAUUGGCCUCAUCGCUCUGAUGGGUUACGCCACGAUCAUCGGUGAUGACGAAGAGGGCCUGAGAGAGGAAUGGGCUGCGAAGAUGGAGGAAGUGCAAGAGAAGAUGCAGGAGGUGCUUAGGAAGUGCAAGUGAUUCCUUUCACCUUAUUCACUGUAAAUUAUUUCAUUAAUCAAGGGACAAAAUUGUAUAAUGGCACAAAAUUUGUCUACUAAACAUCUCAAAAUGUAAAAUUCCUCAGAUAUAAAAUAAACCGUGUUUUAAAGUUUAAA